AGACGCGUUCCAAGUUCGCAUUUUUCAAUCUCUCGGUGACUCUCUGUCCCUGCGUCUCUUAUAGCCCUUCAAACCCGCAAGCAAACGAAAACCCUAGGAGACUUCGGGAACGCGAGCUCAUUAAAAUUGGGAGUUGUUUGAUGGUUCGUUGUCAAUGGCGUAUAAUCAGAACCCCUUCGACCCCCAAUCGGCGGCCGAAAAGGCCGUUUCCGUGAUCGGGUUCGGGUAUGAUCUGACGGCUGACAUUCGGCUAUCGGGGUGUAAACCGGGUCCCUCGGGCUCCAGCCUGAUCGAGAUCGACCGGAGCCGGUCCAAGGACCUGGUGGUGCCCGGCGGGGUGGUUGUGCCGGGCGUGUCGGCGGCGAUCAAGUGCGAUAAAGGGGAGCGUACGAGGUUCCGGUCGGAUGUUCUGUCGUUUAACGAGAUGGCAGAGCAAUUCAAUCAGCAAUUGUCUUUAUCUGGUAAAAUACCUUCUGGUCUGUUCAAUUCGGUGUUCAACUUCAAUCGCGGCUGGCAGAAGGAUGCAGCUGCCACCAAAUGUCUUGCAUUUGAUGGUUGGUUUAUUACUCUCUACAAUAUUGAGUUGGAAAGGUCUCACAUCGCCCUAGCCGAACACGUCAAAAAGGAAGUGCCUCCUUCAUGGGAUCCUGCCGCUCUUGCUGGGUUUAUUGACAAAUAUGGCACUCAUGUUGUUGUCGGGGUAAAGAUGGGAGGUAAAGAUGUAAUUCAAAUUAAGCAGCUUCAAAAUUCAAGCUCUCAGCCAACUGAAGUGCAGAAAUUGUUAAAGCAAUUAGCUGAUGAAAGAUUUUCUGAGGAUGUAAAUGGAAGCUUCACACCUGAAACUGAUAAAAUAGCAGGAAAGCGGAAGGGUGAACGUUCAGUGGUCUGGAAUCUCCCAUCAUCAUUUGCGAGUUCAAUGCUGCCAUCUGUUGUUUCUCACUCAAAGAAUGAUGAUUUAUUCAGCAUUUGUGUCCGGAAGGGAGGCAUUGAUAAUGGCCAAAGUCAUAGUCAGUGGCUUUCCACUGUAUCAGAGUCACCAAAUGUCAUAUCGAUGUCCUUUGUUCCUAUAGCCUCACUUUUGAAUGGUGUUCGUGGUAGUGGAUUUCUGAGCCAUGCAAUUAAUCUCUACCUUCGAUAUAAACCACCUAUAGAAGAACUUCAUCAAUUUCUGGAAUUUCAAUUACCUCGACAAUGGGCUCCAGUAUAUGGAGACCUUCCCCUUGCACGUCAGCGCAAAAGACAAGUGUCUCCGUCACUUCAAUUCACAUUUAUGGGCCCAAAACUUUACGUUAAUACAUCGAAGGUUGAUUCUGGAAACCGACCAGUGACAGGGAUCCGUUUAUACUUGGAAGGAAAGAGGAGUGACCUCUUGGCUGUUCACCUGCAGCACCUCUCAACUCUCCCUGAUAGCCUCCAAAUUGCAGAUGAUCCCAGUUAUGAGCAAAUCAGUGAACCAACUGAACGACGAUUCUUUGAACCUGUUAAAUGGAGCAUAUUCUCGCACGUUUACACUGCUGCAGUAGAGUACAAUGAAACAAGGAUUGAUGAUUGUGCUUCUAUUGUCACAAAGGCCUGGUUUGAGGUGAAGGUUCUUGGAAUGAAGUCGGUCCUAUUCCUGAGGCUCGGCUACUCUGCAGUGGCAUCUGCAAAAAUUCGCAGGUCAGAGUGGGUUGGAUCGACAAAUUCAUCUCGUAGAUCAGGAUUCAUGUCGUCUUUCAUCAGCACAACAUUCAGUACUGGCAUGACUCCAGCUAAGAAGACGGCAAAAGUAGAUUUGAAUUCUGCAGUCUAUCCCGGAGGACCUCCUCAGCCUAAAAGAGCACCAAAACUUACACAUUUUGUCAAUACAAAGGAAAUGGUGAGAGGGCCUGAGGAUUCACCUGGAUACUGGGUGGUUACUGGAGCAAAGCUGUGUGUUGAGGGUGGCAGGAUUUCCAUCAAUGCCAAGUACUCUUUAUUGAUCAUAAUGUCAGAUGAUUCAUUAAUAUGAGUUAAAAACAGGGAUUAGUUA